ACUAUUACUAGUUUCCUCCUCUUCAAUCAAAUCUUUCGCACCAAAUCCUCCCAACUCCACCAACCCCAACUUCAACCCAAUCCUCUCUCUCUCUCUCUCUCUCUCUCUCUCUCUCUCCUCCUGCUCCGAAAACCUUCGCCCAUUCUAGGGUUUCGAAGCUCGCUCUCAUCCGCCCAUUCUCGCCCUCGAAUGGCGGCCUCGAGCGGCUUCACGAUCUCUUUUGCCACGAAGAUGGAGUCCAACUGCCUCCCCCAUGCCCAUCGCACUCUCUCUUCUUCGGUCGCCCAUCUGCCUCCUUCGCCCGUUCGAGUCUUCAACAACAACCCGCUGAGGAUCAAGACGGCGUCGUCCGACAGGGGAUCCGCGUUUGUCCCCAGACGCGAUGCGUUUGCUUCCAACGCUUUGGUUCGUGGGGAUGAGGUGGGUAUGAAGCCUAUGAAUUUCGCAGCUCUCGACAUGCUCAAGACGUCUGCCGCCGACAGAUAUACAAAGGAUAGGAGCUGUAUUGUGGUCAUAGGACUCAAUGUUCACACAGCACCAGUCGAGAUGCGAGAAAAACUUUCCAUUCCCGAAGCACAAUGGCCCCAAGCAAUCAGUGAGCUUUGUGCUCUGAACCAUAUAGAUGAAGCUGCUGUUCUUAGUACUUGUAACAGAAUAGAGAUAUAUGUCGUGGCUCUGUCUCAGCAGCGUGGGGUUAAAGAAGUAACCGAUUGGAUGUCAAAGGUAAGUGGGGUUCCUGUUUCAGAGCUUUGUCAGCACCAGUUUCUACUGUAUAACAAAGAUGCAACAAACCACCUGUUUGAAGUAUCUGCCGGCCUUGAUUCUGUUGUUCUUGGAGAAGGGCAGAUUCUCGCACAAGUAAAACAAGUUGUAAAAUCCGGACAGGGAGUCCCAGGCUUUGGUAGGAAAGUCAGUGGGUUAUUCAAGCAUGCAAUCACAGUAGGAAAGAGGGUUAGAUCUGAAACUAAUAUAUCCACAGGUUCAGUUUCAGUUAGUUCAGCUGCCGUAGACCUCGCUCUAAUGAAGCUUCUGGAAUCAUCUUAUGCUAAUGUUAGAGUGUUGGUUGUUGGAGCUGGCAAAAUGGGUAAACUUGUGAUUAAACACUUAGUUGCCAGAGGGUGCACAAAAAUGGUGGUUGUCAACAGAGCGGAGGACAAGGUUGCUGCCAUUUGUCAGAAUAUUAAGGAUGUUCAAAUUACAUAUAAACCACUCUCGGAAAUGUCUGCUUGUGCUGCGGAAGCUGAUGUUGUUUUCACCAGCACCGCUUCAGAAACACCAUUGUUCUUGAAAGAACAAGUUCAGACAUUCCCACCUGUGAGUGAUCAAAUGGGAGGGAAGAGGCUAUUCAUUGAUAUAUCCGUUCCUAGAAAUGUGGAAUCAUGUGUUUCAGAUCUUGAAACUGCAUGCGUUUUCAAUGUGGAUGAUCUCAAGGAAGUUGUGGAAGCUAACAAGGAGGAUCGAUUGAGGAAAUCAAUGGAAGCACAGGGAAUUAUCAAGGAGGAAGUGAAGCAGUUUGAGGCUUGGAAGGAUUCUCUUGAGACUGUUCCGACAAUCAAGAAGCUUCGGGCGUAUGCGGAAAGAAUUAGGGCCUCUGAGGUGGACAAGUGUUUGUCGAGGAUGGGCGAUGGCAUCACCAAGGAGGAAAAGAGUGCUAUUUAUGAUCUUAGUAUGAGUAUUGUGAAUAAGCUCCUUCAUGGUCCAAUGCAGCACUUGAGAUGUGAUGGAAAUGACAACCAGUCACUGAACGAGAUACUUGCGAACAUGCAUGCUCUUAACAGAAUAUUUGGUCUUGACACGGAUAUGUCUGAAUUGGAACAGAAGAUUCGAGCCAAAAUGGAACAGACACAAAAGUAAGCAAGCUGAUGAUAAUCUCAUUUGCGCUUGGCUUACACUACUAACCCAAAUUUGAAGAAAGAUGGGUGUUUGUUGCCAUUUUCCCCUCUUCAUUCAUCAGCCGGAACUGUUGUUUCUUUUUGGGGUCCCCAUAAUUGUGAUUCGGGACUAUUACACAUUUAUACUGUUUAGGGAGUAUACUAAUUGUUACCCGGCAUGUUAGUACUGCAGGUGAAUUUCAUAAGGUGAAGUUCACACGGUUGGAGAGAGAGAGAGAGAGAGAGAGAGUAAAAGAAAUUUUUAUAGGUACGCUUGGUUUGUGCUCCAAGCAUUUUGUUGCUGUAGUUGAUGAAUGAAUGACUCAUGUCAUUGCUGAGCUAUUUUUACUUGUAUUUAACCAAUUCAUUAAUAAAUGAUUUUUAUUUGUUUGAUUCA